CCCUGGAGCUGCAACUAAGGAACCCACCUGCUGCAACUAAGACCUGGUGCAACCAAAUAAAUAAAUACAAUAUAAAUAGUUCAGUUCAACCCAGCAAAUACGUCCUUCUUGUUAGGUGGGGUGGUCUGCAGAGCAAGGGGGGCAGGGUUGUUGGGAGGAGGGUUAGGGCACUGGGGACCAGCGGGCAGCUUAGUGCAGUGAGGAGGGCCUAGCGGCAGGUAGCUUCAGCGUGUGCCUCCGCCUGCCCUGCACGCUGGGCUGGACAUUGCUCGAGGGCUUUGCAGAUGUCAGCUCACUCACCCUCACUUCAGCAGUACAGCAGUCCCCACCUUACAGACAGGGAAACUGAGGCACAGAGGGAAGGCACUUACCCAUGCUGCAUGACUGGUAAGUGCUGGAGCCCAGAUUCCAGCUCCAGCCCCAGAAGUCUGGCUCCAGGUUCUACUUGAGUCUCUGGGGUGGGGCCUUCCAGUGUCUGGUGUUGAGUGGUGUCCCUGGCCUCUACCCCCUACAUGCCAGGAGCACCCCUCCCCCAAGUUGUGACAACUAGGAGUGUCUCCAGACAGUGCCAGGUCUGCCUGUCCUGUACCAGCUACCUCGCCUUCCACAUGCCGCCUUCCUGAUAGGACUCUGAGAGUAUAGCAGAUGCAUUGCACCUUUGAUCAUGAAAACAUUUACACAUAGGGACAAGCUGACAGCGUGGUCCCAGAGAGUUAAUUAUCCAGAUGCCACCACCUAGAUCUACCCAUUAUUAACAUCUUGCCCUAGUGGGUCUAUUUCUAUAUGAAAAUAUAUAUUUUGUUGUUGUUGGAUCAUUUGAAAGUAAGUCACAGACAUUUUGACCCAUAAUCUCUAAAUACUUCAGUGUGCAUCCCGUAAACAAGGAUAUUAUGUAGCCACAGUAACCGUCAUGCCUAAAAAUCGUAAUUUUUGUGCUCCCUGGUGUCUGGGGUCCCUCAAAUGUUUCAUAGGUGCUUUCUUGAAGAUUGAGGUUUAGUCAGGGUUCAUGCUUUGCACUUGGUGCAAAGUCAUCCCACGUUUUUUCUCGUGACUUUUUUUUUUAACUUGUAAGGAAAAAUUGCAAAUAUUUACAGAAGUAGAGAAAACUGAUCAAUGACAGUGCCGGGCACCAGUAGUUCUCAAUGCGUGGAUGCUAAUGGCUUUCUGGAGAGGCCGGGCUGCUGUUUAGAGACACCCCAGGCUUGGGAAUUCUCAGGGUCACUGAUGAUGAACGAGGAGCCCCAGGGCUGGUAGCUGCUGGCUGUUGUCAUUUCUUAUUCCGUGGGCUCGUGAUCUCGCUGAGAAGACCAGAAUCGCAGCAGAACGCUCGCUGGCCAGAGGAGCAGGCAGCUGGUGUGCGGGGCGUCCCGGCCGAGGCCGUCUUGCCUGGUUCCUCACGCUGGCCCUGAACCUACCCCACCCCGCCCCCAGGCCACAGCUCCGCCUCGGGCUCCAGCCCCCUCCCAGGCUGACCACUCCAGCGUACGCCCCCUCCCUGCAUGAAAACCCUGGGACACCGCUCCCCCCCCACCGGCCCCCGCUACAGCUCACUUUACUGCCCACCCUUUUCUGUCUGGGCGCCCCUCCCCACCUCUGACCACACAUUAUGUUCUCCAGUCACAAGCCGCACGGGCCUGUCUCCUCCCCAGCAACACCCUCCAGUGUCCGGGUGGAAGACCCACUUGCUGCCAGGCCGCAGGGUCCCUGACGCCCCCUCGCCUGGUGCUGCCCCUGCGUGCGGUGCGCAGGCCCCACCGCUAGGGUCUGGCCUGGGACACAGCCAGGGCUGUGGGCUCAGAGAGUGGGGGAAGGCGGGCCUGCCGGAGACGGGGCCAGAGCCAGAGGAGGGCAGCAGGGAUGCGGGCAGGAGCGUUCUGCCUGUGGUCCUUGGUCGUACGUGGCCCCUCACGGGCAGGGUGUGUUUGGUGGGUGUGUGGGGUAGAGGGAGGGGUCUGGACACCUCGCAGAGAGCAGGCAGCGCCGGGCAGCCAGGCAGGGCUGCCUGAGGGGGAGGCCCGGUGUGGAGCGCCCCCCACGCCUGCUGGCACCACAAACCCUUGUCAUCUGUGAGGUGGGAGGUGACUGGGGCCCCAGCCUGCAGCCGCUGUGUGUGCCAUGCCCCAGGUCAGGUCGUGUGGGCCAGGUAGGGGGGCAGCGGGGUGGACAGCAGGCUGGGCCGCCCUCUGGCACGGAAGGCCUGGGGCUCUGCAUGCCCGAGUCCACUCGCCACUGCCUUCUUGCCUUUGCGGGGCCUUCCUUGAGGAUCUGCCCUUGCUGUGUGUGGCCUUACGGGGUGGAAUUUCCUGUCCUGUCUCCUCUUGGGACGGCAGGUCAUGGACCUUUUCCUUUGACUUUUGUGUUGUUCUGCAUCCUCGAAAUCGCCUUCAGGGCUGUGUGCUUUGGCCAGAAAGUGAUUGGAAAGUCAGUUCCCUAUUUGGCCCAUAAUAAUAAUACUAAUGUUCAUGAUAAUAGUGUUAACGUCUGUGUUGUGGGCUAUGACUUACUUUGCACAAUCUUUUUUUUCCCUAAAAACUGAGAAUUUAGAGUUGGGGAGUCUGUGGUUGAGGAACUCUUUAAGGUCUUAUUCAAAUAAGAUUGGGAGACCAAGGCUGCCAGUGAGGGUAGAGGAGCCGCGAUGUUUCUUCCGUGGCCCCUGAGACAGCGCAGCAUGUCGGCCUGUCUCCCUGGCACUUUGCUUCUCUACCUGUCCCUCCCUCCUCCAGGCAGAAGCUUUCCAGGUCUGACUGCCGGGGGCUCAGCAAGCACAGGUUCCCUGUGCCCUCGUUGGCUUUCGGAGCAGGCACCACCCCGAGGCCCUCUGCCUCCUUUCUGAUCGUGUGGUGAGGCAUUCUCGACCCUUCCUUGGGAGGCCGCUGUUCUUAGCAGCGGGAAGUAGGAGACGAGGGCUCUCAGGGCCCAGCAGAGUGCUAGGGGCAGGCCCGAGGCGCGCUUCCAGUGGCCUGCGGAGCGGCUUCCGAGGAGGACGCCCAUGUGCAGAUGCACGUAGCCUUCCCUUCCCUUCCCUGAGAGCCUUGCUCUUAACCCGGCGGAGUCUCUGCCUCCCCACGUCAGACACGCGAGGGCCCAGGAAGCACCAGUGCUCUUCAGUGACGUGUCUGGGGGUGGUGGUGGUGGUCCCUGCCUGUGUAAGGCCGGGGGGGGCAUGUUCCCGCCCCCAACCCUGUGCCCUCUGCUCACUUCGCAGUCCCAGCUCUGCCACUUCCACUCGGCCCUGCUGCAGGGCAGGCUGAAGCCCUGGCCAUCCCCCACUGCCUUCUUCAGGAGAAACCUCGGGGCACCGCCUGCAAGGUGGCCCUCGAGACCGCAGCCCCUGUGGAAGAAGGCACUCUCCGCCACGGUGCUGGGGGUGCCCCUGCUCCUCGGGGCGAGGUACCUCAUGGCUGAGCCACAGGAGAGGAGGCGGAUGCGGCUCGUGGUGGACGGCAUCGGGCGCUUCAGCAGGUCUUUGAGGGUCGGCCUGCAGAUCUCCCUGGACUACUGGUGGUGCACAAAUGUCGUCCUGCGAGGGGUGGAGGAGAACAGCCCGGGGUACUUGGAGGUGAUGUCUGCAUGUCACCAGCGGGCGGCUGACGCCCUGGUGGCUGGGGCCAUCAGCAACGGGGGCCUCUACGUGAAGCUGGGCCAGGGGCUGUGCUCCUUCAACCACCUGCUGCCCCCCGAGUACAUCAAGACACUGCGGGUGCUGGAGGACAGGGCUCUCACGCGGGGCUUCCGGGAGGUGGACGAGCUGUUCCUCGAAGACUUCCGGGCCCCGCCCCACGAGCUCUUCCAGGAGUUUGACUACCAGCCCAUCGCGGCGGCGAGCCUGGCCCAGGUGCACCGCGCCAGGCUGCACGACGGCACCGUGGUGGCCGUGAAGGUGCAGUACAUCGACCUGCGGGACCGCUUCGACGGCGACAUCCACACCCUGGAGCUCCUGCUGCAGCUCGUUGAGCUCAUGCACCCCAGCUUCGGCUUCAGCUGGGUCCUCCAGGACCUGAAGGGGACCCUGGCCCAGGAGCUGGACUUUGAGAACGAGGGCCGCAAUGCCGAGCGCUGUGCACGGGAGCUGCAGCACUUCCGCUAUGUCGUGGUGCCACGCGUGCACUGGGACGUGUCCAGCAAGCGCGUGCUGACGGCGGAAUUCUGUGAGGGCUGCAAGGUCAACGACGUGGAGGCCAUCAAGACCAUGGGGCUGGCAGUGCGGGAUGUCGCAGAGAAACUGAUCCAGGCCUUUGCCGAGCAGAUAUUUUACACAGGCUUCGUCCACUCCGACCCCCACCCUGGCAAUGUCCUGGUGCGGAAAGGCCCCGAUGGGAAGGGACAGCUGGUGCUGCUGGACCACGGGCUGUACCAGUUCCUGGAUGAGAAGGAUCGGUCAGCCCUGUGCCAGCUGUGGCGGGCCGUCAUUCUGAGGGACGAGGCUGCCAUGAAGGCGCACGCGGCUGAGCUCGGGGUGCAAGACUACUUCCUGUUCUCCGAGGUGCUCAUGCAGCGGCCUGUGCGCCUGGGGCAGCUGUGGCGCUCACACCUGCUGAGCCGUGAGGAGGCGGCCUACAUGCAGGACAUGGCGCGGGAGCACUUCGAGGAGGUCAUGGCCGUGCUCAAGGCCCUGCCGCGGUCCAUGCUGCUCGUGCUGCGCAACCUCAACACCGUGCGCGCCAUCAACACCGCCCUGGGCGCCCCAGUGGACCGCUACUUCCUCAUGGCCAAGAGCGCAGUCCGGGGCUGGAGCCGCCUGGCGGGCGCCACGUGCCAGAACACCUAUGGUGCCAGCCUCCUGCGCCACAUCAGGGUCAUCUGGGAGUCGUUCAAGUUUGAAGUGGCCCUGAGGCUGGAGACCCUGUCGAUGCGGAUCACUGCCCUCCUGGUCCGAGUCCUGGUCCACCUGGGCCUCAUGCCCAAGACCAAGGGGCUGUACGAGUACCUGGAGAUCUAGGGAGCCCCGGCAGGAGGACCACAGAGCUCGCCCCACUGCAGGCUGAGGGGCCGGCCAGGGCCAAGGCACAGACGCCUAAGAAAGACCUGGGGGCACUGGAGUGACUGACUGUGGCCUGGAGUUGGGCCUGAAAUGACCACAUGCUCUUCUCAAUC